AUGGCUACUUCAACACGUGGUAUUCAUAGGAAAAAUCGACCUUUUGAGCAUCACAAUGAUCAAAUGAUACGACGAAGCAUUUGUAUUUCUCAAUUCUUAAAAGACUCACAAAUGACAUCACUAAAGAGCAAUUAUAUCACAUCAAUUAUCAAUGAUAUAAUUUCGUCAAAUAAUGAAGUCGAGAAUACGCCUCAAUCACAACUUGGAUUAAUAACGGACAGCGACAAUGCUGAUACAUUUUUACGUUUAAAUAUUGGCGGUACACAUUUCCUGAUACGUAACGAAACCGUUCUAAGGCGAAAAACUGGUCUUUUAUCAUUAAUUGUUCGAUGGCCACAUGAAAAACGCGUACCUUUGGCAGAUGCAUACCUUGAAAAUACAAACGAAUAUUAUUUCGAACGUUCCGCCUUAUUAUUUAACGUUAUUUAUCAAUUUUAUCUUACAGGUUUCAUACAUUUGCCAGAAAAUUUAUGCUUGAAAGAUUUGCUAAAUGAAUUGGAUUAUUGGUGUAUCGCACCGGAUAAGUAUUUGGCCGAAUGUUGCUGCUUUAAUAGAAAUGACAAUCAAUUAGAUUCAUUCAGGAGCAGCUCUGAAAUGGAUCAAGCGGACUAUUUCAGACAUCUCCGCUUUGGUGAAUAUCGAUUACAAAUUUGGAAUCUCAUGGAAGUGCCAGCAAGCUCAUUUGCUGCUCAGAUUUUUACAACUCUUUCUGUACUAUUUGUAUUUAUAUCAAUACUUGGCCUGGUACUUGGCUCAUUACCAGAAUUUCAACUCAAAACAAAUUAUACUACCACUAUUGAUUCAAUAAGCAUUCAAAUGAUUGAAAUGGAGCCAUUACCAGUAUUUGAACGAUUGGAAUUCAUUUGUAUUAUUUGGUUUAUCUUUGAAUAUGCAUUAAAAAUGUUAAUUAGCUAUGAUCGAAUGAGUACAUUUCUUCGAUUAAUGAAUAUUAUUGAUUUAUUAGCUAUACUUCCAUUUAUUAUUGAAAUUGCUCUUAAUUUAUUUGGAUUUAAUACCAAAAAUAUGAGAGACCUCAAGUUUGCCUUCUUAGUAAUUCGUGUUUUACGUGUUUUGCGUGUCAUUCGUAUAUUAAAACUUGGUCGAUACAGUAUUGGUUUGCAAAUGUUCGGACGUACGCUAAGAGCUAGUUUUCGGCAGCUCAGUAUGAUGGCAAUGGUUGUUUUGACCGGUGUUAUAUUUUUCAGUACAUUAGUAUAUUUCAUUGAAAAGGAUGUUGAAGGAAGUCAGUUUUAUUCUAUACCGGCUGCUUGUUGGUGGUAA